GCCACGGAACACUAUCUUAUCGGACGCAAUGUUUUCGAUGAAACCAUCCUGCAUAAUGCGCUUACGAUUUUAUCGAAUGAGCUACAACCAAACAUCGUUCUACCUGAUGCAUCUCCCGAAUACCGCAAAAGCUUAGCGAUAUCGCUAUUCUAUAAAUUUAUUCUAAUCGUAGCAUCGGAAAAAUCCAUCCCCAUAAAACCAGAACUUAUUUCAGGAGCAAAGCUUUGGGAACGCCCGCUAUCAAGUGGAUUACAACAGUUUGAAACGAUCCCCAAAAAUUGGCCUCUAACCAAAGACAUUCCAAAACUUGAAGGAUUAGCUCAAACAUCAGGAACGUCCCAGUUUGUCAAUGAUAUACCUGCCAUGCCUAAAGAACUGUAUGCUUGCUUCGUCUUGGCAUCAAAAGUGAACGCAAGAAUUCUAGAAAUAGAUAGUACUGAAGCAUUGAACAUCCCAGGAGUGAUAGCAUUUUACACCGCAAAGGACAUUCCCGGUCAAAACGAAGUGAUGCCGUUCAAAGAUAUUUGUCCGGAGAAGGAGGAAAUUUUUUGCAGUGACAAAGUUUUGUAUCACGGACAGCCCGUGGGAGUGAUUAUCGCUAAGACUUUUGAAUUAGCUAAAACGGCCAGCAAACGGGUGCUGAUAACCUAUACCGAUGUCCAGAAUCCUAUUUGUACUACCAUCCAGAAAAUUAUUGAGCACAAUCAAAAUGAUCGCAUUAUUGAGGUAGAUCACGGAUUCGAAGGUCCAAAUUAUCAACAAUCCACCGAAGGACCUUUGAAAGUAACUGGCGAAUUAGAUCUAGGAGUACAGUAUCACAAUUAUAUGGAGACACAAAGUUGUAUCUGCGUACCAGUUGAAAACGAGAUGGAUAUCUAUCCGUCUACCCAGUGGAUAGAUCUCAUUCAGAUAGCAAUAUCCCAAAUGCUCAACGUUUCAGAAAAUCGUCUCAACAUCCAUGUGCGUCGCUUAGGAGGUUCUUACGGAGGCAAAGCCAGUCGAUCCGUUGUUGUGGCGUGCGCAUGUGCGCUAGCAGCUCAUCUUUCAAAGCGGCCUGUUCGAAUGGUAUUAAGCCUUGAAGAUAACAUGGCAGCAAUUGGAAAGCGCUAUGGAUGUCACUCAAAAUACGAGGUUAGUUUCUCAAGCCAAGGGAAAAUUGAGAAGCUGUACAAUAAGUUCAUUCAUGAUUCUGGCUCUUCGUACAACGAAACUCCUUUCUAUAUUAACAAUUACUAUCCGAAUUGUUACGCAAAUGACAGUUACAAAAUAGACGCAUUCAAUGCACGAACAGACAUUGCCAGCAAUACCUGGUUACGAGCUCCAGGAUCGGUGGAGGCAAUUGCAAUGAUCGAAACUAUCAUGGAGCACGUGGCUCACAAAACAGGAUUAGAUCCAUUGGAUGUCCGUAUGGCCAACAUGGCUCAAGGGUCUAAGAUGAUUGAACUUCUUCCAGAGUUUCGUACCGAUGUCGAGUAUGAUAAUCGGAAGGCUGAAAUAGAUCGUUUCAACCGUCAAAAUCGUUGGCGUAAACGAGGCAUCGCCGUUGUUCCGAUGAAAUAUCAGAUGACUUAUUUGGGAGCGUUACACGUCAUUGUGUCCAUCUACCACGGAGACGGGACAGUUUCUAUUGCUCACGGUGGAAUCGAGAUGGGCCAGGGGUUGAACACAAAAGCCGUUCAAGUGGCAUCCCACACUCUUGGAAUACCAAUGGAAAUGAUCAGCAUAAAGCCAACGAACAAUUUGAUAUCACCAAAUGCCGUUUGUACUCAGGCGAGUUAUACUAGCGAAGCGGUCGGAUACGCAAUCAAAAAGGCGUGCGAAAUGCUCCUGGACCGGAUUCGUCCAAUUCAGAUGAAAAUUAAAGAUCCGUCCUGGACCUCCGUAAUAUCGCAAUCAUAUCGUGAAAACAUAAACCUCAGUGCAACAUACAUGUACAAGGAAUCGGAACUGGAGCCGUACAUUGUUUGGGGACUUAGCUGUUCUGAAAUCGAGAUAGACGUCCUUACUGGAAAUUUGCAGAUCAUUCGUGUAGAUAUCCUUGAGGAUACGGGAGAAAGUCUGAGUCCUGGAAUUGAUGUCGGUCAAAUCGAGGGUGCAUUCGUCAUGGGAUUGGGCUACUUUCUAACGGAAAAGCUGGUUUAUGAUCAGAUCAGUGGCGAACUGCUUACGAACCGUUCUUGGAACUAUAAGCCUCCAGGAGCCAAAGAUAUUCCGAUCGAUUUCAGAAUUCGGUUCCUUCGAAAUAGUCCAAAUCCGGCGGGCGUCCUGCGAUCGAAAACUACUGGUGAACCGGCUUCGGUUAUGAGUGUGGUGGUUUUGUGCGCCAUACGCAAUGCGUUGCUGUCGGCUAGACAAGAUGCUGGAAUUGAUGCGGAUCAGUUGUGGGUACCGUUGGGAGCGCCUACAACACCUGAAGAUAUUCACCAAUUGGCAGGGAAUACAAUAGCACAAUACAAACUAAAUUAAUAAUAAUUUAUUAAACACAGAAUAUACGAAAUUUUCUUGUAUAAA